AUGGCAUCACAAAGAAGAGAGUGGGCCGAAGACGAGGAAUUCGAUGACCCAAAUGCCCUUCCACAGAACCAGGUCAUCUCAAAUCCGGACGGAACAAAGACAACUAUCACAUACAGACUAUCCGACUCCGGAAAGAAAAUCAAGACGACACGAAAGAUCAAGAUUUCAGUAGUCAAGGAGAGAGUCAACCCACGCGUCGCAGAGAGGAGGGAAUGGGCCAAGUUUGGAAGGGAACAAGGACACCCACCAGGACCAGAUAUGUCGACAACAACCGUUGGAGAGAACAUUUUAUUCAAGCCAAGCUUGCAAUGGAAGGCCGUUGAGAAGGAAGAGGAGGCGACUGGCGCCCUGAAGACCCAAUUGAAGGACAAGAAAGUUUCCUGUCGUAUCUGUCAAGGAGACCAUUUCACAGCAAGAUGUCCCUUCAAGGACACUCUCGCGCCUGUCGGAGAAGCUCCUCCAGAUGAAUCCCGACCGGAUUCGCCAGAUCUUGGUGCUGGCGGUGGUGCCACUGGUGGCAGCUACGUUCCCCCACAUCUCAGAAACAAGGGCAAGGACGCCGGUGCUGGGUCGUCUUCUUUCAACGCUGGCCGCGAGCGCGAUGACCUGGCAACCCUCCGUGUCACAAAUCUUAGCGAGUUCGCAGAGGAACAAGAUCUCAGAGAUAUGUUUGAAAGAUUUGGAAGAGUUACCAGAGUGUUCUUGGCAAAAGACAGAGACACUGGCAGGGCAAAGGGAUUCGCUUUUGUCAGCUACCAAGACAGGCUGGAUGCGCAACGAGCUUGCGAGAAGAUGGAUGGCUUUGGUUAUGGUCAUUUGAUCUUGAAGGUUGAAUUCGCCAAACGUUCACAGUAG